CUUCAGCCGCGCCUACGCUGCUCAGCCUCCUCUACCAUGGCGUCUCUCCUCUUCCUCCCGCACACCACCCCCGCGCCCACCCUGCGCGCCAAGCUCCUGCCCGGUCCUCGAACCAUCAUCACCUGCGGCCCGCGCGACAACCGCGGCCCGCUCCAGCGGGGCCGUUCCCUCUCCACGGAGGCCAUCCACGCCGUGCAGGCCCUCAAGCGCCUCACCGCCGCCGACCGCUCCCCUCCCGCCGCCACGGCCGCGGCCUCCGCCGCCCUCGGCCGCCUCCUCCGCGCCGACCUCCUCGCCGCCAUGGCCGAGCUCCAGCGCCAGGGCCACUGGUCCCUCGCCCUCGCCGCGCUCCACGUCGCCCGCGCCGAGCCCUGGUACCGCCCCGACCCGGAGCUCUACGCCACCUUCGUCUCCUCCUCGCCCUCCAACGACCCCGCCGCCGCAGCUGCCGUGGACGCGCUCGUCGAGGCCUUCAUCGAGGAGAAGGAGCGGGGCGCCGCCGGCGGGUCCUCGGAGGGGGUGUGGGUCGGGGAGGACGUGUACAAGCUGACGCGGCUGGUGCGCGCGCUGGUGGCCAAGGGCAGGGCGCGCGCCGCCUGGAGGGUGUACGAGGCGGCGGUCAGGAAGGGAGGCUGCGAGGUGGACGAGUACAUGUACAGGGUGAUGGCCAAAGGGAUGAAGCGGCUGGGGCUUGACGAGGAAGCGGCGGAGGUGGAGGCGGACUUGGCCGACUGGGAGGCCAGGCACCUGCCCGACGAAAUGCGCCCGAGGGAGAAGAGCAAGACGGCUGUGACUGGCUCUGUUGUUUAGUUCAGUAAAUCGAGAGACCUAGUAAUGAUGAUUUUGCAUGCCUUUCAUAGUUAAAGACUGAUGAACAACAAUUUCUCCUCUUU